AAACCUGAGAUUUGUGGGAGAAACUUUGUUUCAUCCAUAAAACUUUGGUUUUUAUCAUGUUUAAAUAUAUGGUUUUCUUAUUCGCUGUUUUGAAUGUGAAUUGCCAAAUUUGAUAAAACUAAAAUGAGGUUAUAGUGGUUAGAGUUAGAGAGUAGAAUAUUUUCGAGACUUGAACUUUCUGUAAGGAAACUGUGGUACUGAAUUUAGAAGUUGCUAAUUCUGCAAUUUCCCUUGCUCACCGAUGAGUGGUACAUCCACAGUGAACUACUUGUUAGUAAUAUCCGAACUUUAAAAAGUGAAAAAAACUACGAUGGUUAGGGAUAAAAGAUUUCCUCAGUCCUCUAGUUCCAAUGUGACUAGACACGUUAGUGCAACAAAUAAUGGACUAUUUCAAAUAAGAACUAGGAACUUCAAUGUAAAACCCUUUCAGAAUGAUUGUGAACUAGGGUUAGAGGAUGAGCAUCUGGAUUUCGAACCUGAAGGAGAGUUUCCAGACCCCCCCAGCCGCACUCAGAAUGUAUCAAAAACAUUUUUGAAUCCUAGCGAUACUACCUUGAAUGUGUGGAAGUCUACCGGCAGUUCUAACACUCCAGACUAUUUAGAAACUGAAUCGGUUUUGUCUUCGCACAGGGGGGAAUUGAUAUUAUUUAAACACAAUCAUUCUGAAGACAACAGACAUCUGGAGUAUAUCACCAUUCCAGAGGAUAGUGUCACCUCACGAACCCGGAUAGACAGCUCUAGUAGCAGUAGUAGUAGCGAUAAUGCCUUUGUUAGUCUGCAAACAUCAUCUCAAGAUUAUGAAUUAUCUUCACAAGAGGAUCUGGACUACAAGGGUGAAUACGAUGUUACGUCGGAUGACGAACAAAGGCUGUUGAGGUCUGACAGUGAAACCAGUGAUAUUGUGAAUGCACAGGGGUACAGUCCGCUACACAGUCCAUCAUAUAACUUCCACAUGAUACGAAAAAGAAAGAAGUGGGAUAGAUUUUACGCACCAUACCCUUCUCCUGUCCGCCUCUGCCUGGAAGAUAUCGGCUAUGAGGUUCCUGAUUCAGACAAGAGGAGUAUUAAAUCCGAUAAGCUUUCCAGUAGACCAGAAUCUCGUACGUCCACCCACAGUAGUUGCCGUACUUCUAAGUCUACCAGUUCUAACGAUAGCAAGCCUAAUGCUGUCGAGGUUCAACCACCUGCGAACUUUCUCCGAGUCACUUUGAAUUUGAGUCAGGGUAACCGGCAAGUGGAGCAGAAACCUACCCAAAGUGUCAGUAAGUUUGUUUUUCCUCCCGGCAGUUCGGACAACUUCAAGUUGCCUUUGCCGCCCGUCAAAAGACCUCCGACUCGAAUCAAAAGUCAAGCUGGUAGCUCAUCGGGAAAGGCCAGCAUUUUUGGUAGCAGGGCGAGUAGUACUGUUUCCUCGAAUGUGAAGAUGCUGCCCAGUAAGAAGAAGGAAGACGAUAUUUUGUCGAUUAUGGC